UGAGCGGGGACGCGCGGCGCGUGCAGAGAGAAUCGCGGGAGCACCAAACGCUCGAUCCACGGUCGCGUUAUCAGAACCUUACGAACUCAACAAUUGAAUUGGAUCGGUGUGUGUAAGGAGGAUUUGACUCGCUGUCAGCAUGUGUGCGCCGUGUUGUCUGUCUCAGCUGGCCUGCUGCUGUGGAUCGGCUGCCUGCUCCCUGUGCUGCGGCUGCUGUCCCAAGAUCAAACAGUCCACCUCCACACGCUUCAUGUACGCCCUCUUCUUCAUGUUGGCCACGGUGACCUGUGUCAUCAUGAUGUCCCCCACUGUGGAGACGGCAAUGCGAGAAAAUAUUCCUUUCUACAACGAAAUGUGUAAGAAGCUGAAUGCAGGGGAGAACUGCAGUACUCUAGUGGGCUAUUCGGCCGUGUAUAAAGUCUGUUUCGGCAUGGCCUGCUUUUUCUUCUUAUUCUCUGUGCUCACCAUUCGUGUGCGAACCAGCACAGGAUGCCGGGCAGCUGUUCACAACGGGUUUUGGUUCUUUAAGUUUGUGGCUUUGCUGGCCUGCUGUGCAGGCGGAUUUUUUCUCCCAAAUCAAGACAAGUUUCUAGAAGUCUGGCGUUAUGUGGGGGCUUUCGGAGGUUUUCUCUUCAUCAUCAUCCAGUUGAUGCUUCUCGUUCAGUUUGCCCACAGAUGGAAUCAAAACUGGAGCUCAGGGGUCAAGUAUAAUAAAAUCUGGUAUGCAGCGCUGGCUCUGGUCACACUGGUGCUGUUCUCCGUGGCAGUGGGAGCCCUGGUGUUUAUGAUCAUGUUUUAUACAGACUCAGAGGCCUGCUUCCUCAACAAGCUCUUCCUGGGUGUCAACGGCGGCCUGUGCUUCGUCGUGUCUCUGCUGGCCAUCUCACCCUGCAUUCAGACCUUCCAGCCCACCUCAGGUCUGCUGCAGUCCGCGGUCAUCUCCGUCUACGUCAUGUACCUCACUUUCUCCGCACUCGCCAGCAAACCCGUUGAAAUGGUGGAACGAAAUGGAAAAAAUGUCACCGUCUGCGUCUUUCCCUACAAAUCAGGACUGCAAAGCGACACGAACAUAGUGACGGGUGUCGGCACGGCCAUCCUGUUUGGCUGUAUACUCUAUUCUUGUUUGAUCUCCACCACCAAGAGGAGCUCAACAGCAUUGCAGGUGUACAGGAACGAUAUGCCUGAAAAUGAGAGAGCACGCUGCUGCUUCUGCUGCGCUGAUGAUACAGAGGACUAUGAUGAUGAGAAGACUGCUGGAGGGCAGAAUGUGAAGUACGAUGAGAGAGACGGCACAAUCUACAGCUACUGCUAUUUCCAUUUCGUUUUCUUUCUUGGCUCCCUCUACGUCAUGAUGACUGUAACCAACUGGUUUCAUUAUGAGAAUGCAAAGAUCGAGAGGCUGCUGGAGGGAAGCUGGUCAGUGUUCUGGAUCAAGAUGGCAUCCUGUUGGGUCUGCUUAUUUCUCUACAUGUGGACCCUGGUGGUCCCCAUGCUCUUCCCAAAGAGAUUCCAAGCCUAGAAACCCUUCACACAUGAUCCAGUAUCACCACUGUUCAUUUAAAACUACUGUGUGUUUGUGUGAGAGCUUGUUUUGUCUGUUUUUAAUGUUUUCUUUAAUAUUAUUUGAUUUAAUAGUUUUAGUAUAGUAAUGGCUUUUGGUUUCUCAAAAGCUGCUUGUUUUAUGUCUUUAAAUACGUUACAGAAAUCAUGUUACGAUUGCUCCCAUGCUGAUGUAGGGCUCUUGUUUUCCUCAAUACAUGAAGGUAGAAAAACAAAGCAUUGCUCAGGCUCACACAUCACCUGGAAGUGUCUUGCUAGUUACACUUUUAUUUUGGUAGCUGGAGAAUUCUAUGCAAAUCAACAAACCAUCUGUGAUUUUCGAUCAUUUGUCUGCCUUUUUGAAAGGUCUUCAAAUGUGUUUUAUUGUAGUGUUUCACUUCAAGGGUGUUUCAGUAAGGUAGCAAGGACUUUGAGCGAAUCAACAUAUUUAUUUAAUAGAAAUAUCUCUUCUCAGUGGAUAGGAAAGUGCUGCCUUGCAAAACCAGACCACUAUACCACCAGUUGCACUCUUGGAAACACGAUCAGGACCAGCCGAGGAAUUACUGUGCAAGGUCAUCCCUGUACAUAUAUGUGAAUAAAUGUACUCGUAUGAGAUGUCACUGCAUUUAUUGAAGCACCCUAAUAACGUCCUUUUAAAACCACACCAAAACAAUAUUUGCAAAGAAGUCCGCAACAUUCCUCACGUUUCCUAUCUCUCGGCUUCAUCUUAAAUCUCAGGUAGUGAUGAGUUCCACAUGCUGUUUCCCAUGAGUCACCAUUGUGAGGAAAGCAUGUGACUGCCAUUGCCAGUAAUUGUUUUUAUGAUGAUUUGGAAUGGAUGGGCAAAGCCAAGGCCACAUCGUAAUGCCCCAAAAUCCCAAACUGCCACACAGAUUGUUAUACGGCCAACAGCAACACUGAAGCUAUAGAUUUUUCUUUCUUAUUUUUGGAUUUUUGUUACAAUUUAAAUGGUGCUUUAGAACAUGGAUGUCCUGUGAUAUUUUAUUCUAGCUCAUGCACUAGACUUGCAAGCAUGUCAUUUGUCAAAGAACAAGUUUGUACGGUCUUUUAUACUUAAAAAGCAUCGUUUCAGCUACUCUGUUUAAUCAUUCAGAGGUUUUUGUUGCUAGAAGUGCAUGUCUGUAUUUCUUAUUUGUGGUGUUUAGUUUAAAUUUCCAGGAGCUGCCUGUGUUAGACAUCAUGCAGUACUUAUGGUGCUCCCUGGUAGAAAAAAAAAAAGUGUUGAAGUGUUGUCAAUGAAGGAAAUACAGUCUAAAACUGGAAUUAUUUUACAAUUUAUGGUUAUUUCCUGUGUAGCAGUUGUAGCUGUCCUACAUGUUUUGACAAAAACCAAAAUCUCUUUUAUUAGAAUUAGAGCUGGCAUGGCUUUAUAUUCCUGGUGAGGGUGAUGUUUUUGGCCUUUAUAUAAAUCCAAAUUAGCAAAUAGUUAAUGAUUGCCUUAAACACUACAUGCUAGAACUGCAUUAAGCUAUGAGCAUACGGUUUAUGUAACCACUGAACGAUUAAAUAUAAUGCUUUCCUUUAGUAACAGAUAUGCUGAACAUAAAGGUGACAUCUGAUUGCAAUAUGUGCUUUAUGUAAAUAGUCCAUUGUAAAGAUGACCACUAGAUGUACUCAUAAUGUUGCAAAAAAAAAAAAAAAAAAAAGUAAUCUUGCGCUUUGUGUUGUUCUCACUAAUUUUGCAUGAAGACAUUAUAAUCCAAAAAUAUGUACAGUAAGUUUACAAACAACUCUUGUUCUCAUUUAUAUGCAUUGAUUUUUCUUUAUUCAUUUCAAUACAUUCCAUUAAGGGAAGUCGUAUGAGUUCAAUUGCUGCAGGAUCAAUAUUCUUUUUAGUGUUUUUAUUGAUAUUGCCAGUUCUUUCAAUAAAAAAGACAAAUGAAUAAAA